AUGGCGGCGGAUCAAACAUGUUCAGUAGCAGUAGUUGGCCAUUCUUACGUACGACGUUUGAAAGUUUAUGCAGUUCAACAGAACAUUCAUAAUUUGCGAUUAGACACUGAUCAGUUCUUUGUGACAAUUCGAGGAAAAGGGGGUCUCUGUUUAAGACAUCUUCGCCGCGAUGCAAACAUUGUGCAUUUCGAAAAUGCCCCGGAUAUAUGUUUUUUACAGAUUGGUGAAAAUGACAUAGUUGCCGAAAGCAAUGCUUCAAAAAUUGCACAAGACAUUCUUUCGCUUGCAAGCUAUUUACACGAAGGAGUUGGUGUCCAAAAAGUCAUUAUAGGCCAAUUAUUGCGUCGCCUCCCCUAUGCAGCAUGUAUCGAUUUCAAUGACACCGUGUUUGAAGUUAAUCGGGCUCUACGGGAGAUGACAACGGGGUUGAAAGGAAUUGUCUUCUGGCCUCACCGGGGGUUCUGGAAUAGCCUUUCAUAUCUGGGACCAGAUGGAGUACAUCUGCAGUGCACACCAUCCAAUGAUCAGCCAAUGAGGAAGUUUCUGCGCAGUAUACGCAAUGCCAUUAUCAUCACUUCAAAGAAAAUUAGGCCAGUAUAG